AUGUUGAAAUUAUUAUUCUCUUUUUCCCGUCCUUUUUCUGUGAAUAACGUAGAGGCAAAUUGUCUAUUCUUGGUAUUUUUGGGUUUUAUUUUCGAUUUUUUUUUCUCUUCUUUCUUUUCUUUUGAUCAUUCCUUUUUUUUUCUAUAUUAUUUUUGUUCUUUCUUUUGCCCCUUCAUUUCCCUUGACUUUUUCUUUUAUUUCCAUUCUAUCUCUCUAAUCUCUUGCACUUUUUCUCCGUCUAAGAAACCGUCUUUUUGCAAUGUUUUUGAAUUGUUGCAUUCUGUUUUAACACGCCUUUUUCCUCUUUCUUUCUUUCUUUCUUUCUUUUUCCCUCCCCUGUUCUUUUUCUUUAUUUUUAUCCUUGAUGUGACUUUACCAAAUCAAUAUUUUCAUUUACACACUUUCUCUCUCCUCUCUCUCACACACCCUCUUUCUUUUUUAUUAACACUCGUUUUUUUUCUCACUCUCGCCUUCUGCAUGUCCCUUUUUAUUGAUUUCUCUCUCAGUAUCUCACUCCUUUUCCUUCUCUCACUAUCUGUGCAUUUUUUAUUUUCUUUUUUAAUUCAAAUUUUGUUUCCUACCCUGUUUCAUUUUACAUUUUUUUUUCUUUCAUUCUACAUUUCUCUCUUUCUUUCCCCUUCCUUCCUUAUUAAUCUAUUUUCCUUCCCCUUUCCCUAUUUCAUUAUUUGCAUCCGUUUAUUCUCUAUCAAAACAUUCUUCUUUUUUAAAUUCGUUCUUUUUACGCUUUGA